GUAAUUAUGAAAAACAUUUUCAUUUCUUUGUAACUACAUCUGUUGAAAGUGUAUUUGAGAUAAAGCUUUUAAAAGAUCUUCAUUCUUGAGAAAGUCUCUUCUUGUUCAACUAUGCCUCGUAAAGUUUUAACUUUAAAGGAAAAAAUUGAACUUUUAGAAUAUUUCAAGCAUCAAAAAAGCAGUGUUCGAAAAUUGGCCGAACACUUUAAAAUUGGAAAGACUCAGGCAGCAGACAUCAUUAAAAAUAGAGAAAAACUUAUGAAACUCUGGUGCGAAAAUGGAAAUAUGAACCAAAUUAGAAUAUCUUCGGCAAACGGACCUGGAUUUAAAAUUGAUAGAUGCGUUUUUGAAUGGUUUUCUCAAGUUAGAAGCAAAAAAUAUCCAGUAUCUGGACCAAUGUUACAGGAAAAGGCUAGAGAGGCAGCUGAGAAAUUGGGGAUAAAGGAUUUUAAAGCUUCUAAUGGAUGGUUGGAAAAGUUCAGAAAGAGACAUAUGAUUUCUUUUAAAUCAAUAAGUGGAGAGUCCGCUUCUGUGGACACUGACAUGGUUAAGGAUUGGUUGGAAAAGCUGCCUUCUUUAUUGGAGGACUAUGCACCCGAUGACGUAUUAAAUGCUGAUGAGACAGGUCUUUUUUUUCGGGCAUUACCGGAAAAAACUUUGUGUUUAAAAGGUGAAAAGUGUGAAGGAGGUAAAAUGUCAAAAGAAAGAUUGACGAUUUUACUUUGCGCAAGUAUGACCGGAGAACAAGAGCCCCCGUUGAUUAUAGGGAAAUCAAAUAAGCCCAGGUGUUUUAAAGGAAUGGAUUUAAUUAGGCUUGGAAUAAAAUGGAAAGCAAAUCGACGAGCAUGGAUGACCCAGGAUUUAAUGACUGAGUGGUUGCUUGAACUUGAUAGAAAAAUGGGCCGCAAAAACAGGAAAGUUCUUCUUUUCCUUGAUAAUGCAGCGUCUCACCCUAACAUUAAUCUAAAGAAUGUAAAAAUUGCAUUCUUUCCUCCAAAUGUAACAUCUGUUUGCCAGCCACUUGAUCAAGGUGUUAUUAAAAACUUCAAAGUGUUUUAUCGGCAACUAAUUUUAAAACACUUGAUUACGAGCUUAGAUGGGCCAAAUAAAGAAAACGUCAAAAUUGAUGUCUUACAAGCUUCUUUGUGGGUAAUAGCAGCCUGGAAAAAAGUAAAAAGUUCAACCAUUUUAAACUGUUUCACUAAGGCAGGUUUCAAAAAAGAUACAUCAGAAUGCAAUAUCCUUACAGAUGGCGUGGAUGACACAAAUUCUGAUGAUUCCUUUUCUGAAUUAACAAAUUUGAUUCGCUUGACUGGAGAAAGUGUUGUCAACGGUAAUGAUUUUGUAAACAUAGACGAAAAUAUUGAAUAUCAAAAGAAUGAUUUAAAUAUAGACGAAAUUGUUGAGAUGGUUACAAAUAUUGAUGCCGAGAGUGAAAAUGAAGACGAUGAUACUCAACUGCUUUCAGAAUACGAACCGAAAGUGAAAACUUUAAAUGAUGCUCAAACUUAUAUUGAGGAACUGAGACAUUUUUAUUUAUCGAAAAAUGAUGAAAUUGGUGUAAAGAUGCUAAAUGAUUUAAAAAUGUACCAUGAAGAUAUGGUGAGUCGCAGUCACUUAAACCAAACUUCUAUCACAUCUUUCUUUUCAACUGGAUAAUAGUAUGGAACAAAGACAUGUAUAUUGGAUUUCUUAAUCUUCUCUUUUUGUAUCAUAAAUAUUAUAAUUUUGUUACGUUUAAAUAAAUGUCAAUGUGAAUAGUUCUUAUAUAUUAUUUAAUUAUUUCUAAAUCAUUUCAAUUAUUCUAAAAGCAAUUUAUGGCUUGAGUAUUCUUUAUUAAUGUAUACCCUUCCCCUAAACGGACAACUCUCGUAAACGGACAAUUUUUUUGGUCCCGAGAGUGUCCGCUCAACGGAGGUUUCACUGUAUAUAUAUAUAUAUAUAUAAUUUCCUAGAAUACCUUAUAUAAUAAAGGAAAUUUAUUUCUAAAAUUGAAUAAGAAUCCUGAGCAGAGCUUAUAAAUACCUUAAAUAUGAUAGAAUCCACCAAUUUUAUAAUUAAUUAUUUCUUACACUUAGAUUUUAUAUUUGAUUUCAAGCACAAUAUGAAUAGCUAAAGAAUAUUGUUGUACAGCAUUGUUUCAAUAGUUAGUGGGAUGGAUAUGAGUUCAUGCUGGGAGCUUAACAUUGAUUUAGUCUGUGUUUUUUGAUCCUUCACACAGCAUCCUGUGAAUAGGGGGGUCUAGAUAAGCUUUCUAAAGAACUGAGGUGGUUUUGUGGUGACUGCACAGAACUUGCAUUCCAGACAAUACAUGAGAGUGCAAAAUUUAGCCUGGUUAUAAAUUUCAUUAAUGUUUGCUGCCCUUUACCAAAUUCCUUAUUUAAAUUAUGGGAUUGUGUUUUUAAUUAAAAAGUUAAUUUUGCUUUCUUUUUAUUUCUAUUUGUUAAAGUAAAAAAGAGUAAAAGAUUCCAAAGUUAAAUUAGUAUUUAACUAUU